CGUUGUGCCGCAUCGCCAUCUAGCGGCCGUCCUGCAAACGUUGCCACGGCAACCGAACCCAAACAAGGAAUUCUUCGAGCCGCAGCGAGAUUCCGACGUGACGCCGAACAGUUCCACAGCAUCAAAAGGUCUAGACGGCGCUGGGAGACUUUCACGAAGUACCUGGAGAGGGUAACACACAUCUUGCAUAGACUAAAUCGUUGCUGUCCUGGUCUGGUCCAGUGAUGUCAGAGGAUGCAAAGGAAGAGUCUGCAGCACAUGCAGGUGCUGGGAGCGACGUGUUGCAGCGAGGGAGGAACCCUUUCAAAGUGCCUGCCAACUGUAACAUCUUCCUGCUCCGGAACAAGGAAAAGGAGCAAAGAAAGAAGAAGCAAGAACAGCUUCGGAAUCUCAAAGUCCACGAGAAGCACGCUUACAUCGGGAAGAUGAACUGCAAGCGUGCGGAGCUGAGACGGAAAUUGCGCCUGGCGGAGUAUGAAGAUGAGUCGGGCAGCAGCGCUGAAAAGAAAGCUCAGGAGCUCAGGGAGAGCCACAUUGGGAAGAUAGCCAUGCUGAAAGAUCACAACAUUGAGAAAGAGACCAUUAGUGAGUUUAUCGCCAAGAAAAGAGAAAUGUUCCUGCUGGAGUACUCCCUGGCCGUGAAGCGAGGGGAGAUCAGUCAUCUGGAGGAGGUGGCUGCCGCAGAGGAAAAGAAACUCCUGAAUGCGGAGAAGUUCCUGGAAGAAGAUGUCAUGAUGUUCGACAGCUUCCUGAAAGAGAACGACAGAAACGCUGUGGAGGCUGUAAAAAACGCUGAACAAGAGACGCGGGAGAAACUGGAGAAAAUGUCGGAAAUAAAGAAGAUUAUGUCUAAAAUUGCAGCCAUCAAAAGUGACAUCUCCAAGUUUGAGGAGACCUUGGCAGAGUAUACCAUGUACAGAGACUUUCUGACCAAACUGUCACCCCUGGAGUGGCAGGAGAAAGAACGGGUUUGGCGGAAGAGGAGGGCGAAGCCUCAGCUCCCUGACAAAGACCAGGGGAAGAGGGGAGAGCAGCCAGGAAAAACACUUCCAGUCCCGCCUCCUGAAACGCUCGCAGGAGCUGAGAGGAAGGCCUCCGGGGCGGGGAGAGAGCUGCGGGCUCUGCGAGCUCUGCGAGACACCAGGACGCCGUCCACACUCCGGCUGAAGGCCACCAGUCAGAGAAGCCAGGACUCGAGAGCAGAAUCUCGGACAGAAGAUGCUAGCUCAUCCGAUAACGAUGAGGAGGAGCCGCAGCUGUACUUCACACACCCUCAGCAGCUCCUGGACCUGCUGAGCGACCUGGAAGAGCAGAACCUGUGCCUGAUCCAGAACUCCCGAGAGACCGAGGAGGCACUGGAGGAGUACACUCACACCAUGAACUCUACACGCAAAAAGAUGGAGCAGGAGACUGAGCAGCUGAUGCAGCAGAUUGAUACCAUGACACGGACCAUCGAGAAGGAGCAGAAGAGGGCAGCUGAGGUGGAGCUCAAGGUCCGUCUGCUCUCCUGUGGGAAGGAUAUUGCGGAGGACCAGGAUGCCAUGCUGGACCUGUUGGGGCGCAAGGUGGAGGAAGUGUACCGCACUUGUACCGGGAACAGCGAGGUCAGCCUCAGCCCAGUGCAGAUGUUGACAGCUGUUGAGCAGCGGCUCGGCGAGCUCUUGGAUUCUGUCGAGCUGAUCCCACGGGACCGAGUGCUGCUGGCUGAGCAGGCCAAGGAGAAGGAGAGGAGACUCAGGCUGAAGGAGGAGAAGCUUCUGCAGCAGAAACAGCACCAGGAAGAGCGCCUGCGCAAGUCCCUCGAGAGAGCGCAAGCAGCCAUUAAGAAGACGACUGGAAAGAAGCUGAUGUACAGGUCAAAGCCACCAGCAACCAAAACAAAGGAGAGUCUGAACACUGAAAGCACCGAUCAAGAGAAAGAGGAACAACUCUACUUCUUCACCAUGAGCAGAUAAACAGAUCAACCCCCCAGCGUUUUACUAAUGUCUCUUGGCUAUUUUUUUUUUUUGGACUGAAAAUUCCUCUGCAUUAUUGGCAAAUAUUCUGCAAAUACAUAAAUAUCUGUUUUACAAAAACAUGCACAAAAAUACAAAGAAAGCUCCAGCAUCCUUCCCCAGAAAUAUAGAUGGGUACAUGACAAGGAGCUGCCCUGUGAUACGAAGGACCUCGUUUCUGCUAUUUGUACAGAAAUUGAAUAAUUUUUUUAAAGUAAAUGUUUCUUGUGGAAAAUUUACAGCCUUUUGAAAUAGCAACUUCAGUUUUAACUACAGCACAAAAAAAGCAAAGGCUGGGAAAUCUAUUUCAGACAUUGAAACAUUGUCCCCAUGUGCAUCUCAGGUCUCAGUUUUAUACCUAGAUGCUGAGAUCACAGAGAAAUAAUUAAAACUAAAGCCACAACUCCCGCUUGUGCCUCACCGAGUUUAUUCAGAACUGUUAUACUUUGAUUUUCCAUUUCAUAAACCAAACCUAAUAAAUAAAGUACAUG